AUGCGAUUCCGUGUACGCCGGCAAAGAGUGGAUGAAGAUACGUCAUGCGGCAUGAUUCGCAUGACGCCGGGCACAGGUGGCGAACUCACGAUGUCCAUGCUGGACCUGACUCAGAGUUUGCUGGGGACCUUCCGGGUUGUUCUCUUCAUGGAGGGUACGAUCAAGGCUCCUCAGUCAAACCUUUCUGCUAAAGCAGUGAGGGCGCUGAUGGAGACAGGUCUGGCUUUCAAGGCUAUUGACUGUGAGGAUGCAAAGUACAAUCCUGGUGUGAAAGCAGCUGUGGAGGAGCUCUCUGGCCAGCUGCCGCAACUCUUCGCAGCUGGCCAGCGGCUGGCAAGCGGUCAUGAGAUCCAGGAAAUGGAGCUCAGCGAGCUGGCAGAGAAACUGCGGGCUCUGGGGGCCGUGGAGGCCGGAAGGAUGUCCAAACGCCCCGCUCUUCAGCGCGCGCUGCGUGUGGUGGAGCCCAACGCGGCGAGCUCGUGCCGGGUACGUCUGGCGCAGGCUGGUGAAGCUGUGUGGCGCAGCGACACGCAGGGCUCCGUUCAGAAAGAUCGAGAAGACAGACAAGGCUACGUGCGCGGCAAGAAGGCCCAACGCGUGCUCGCGCCCAACGAGGAUCCCGGGAGAACUUUUUGCACCCCAACUUCGGUGAUCUGCUGA